ACUGUUCCUUUAAGCUCUGUGAGCAUGAUGUCAUUAUGAGUUUUGAAGGCACUUUUGAAAGAGAGAGAGAGAGAGAGAGAAGAUGCAAGAGCUGGCUCAGUUUUGAAACUCUUGAAAGUUUUGAAGUUUUUGAUAGUUGUCAAAGAAGCAAACUACUACUCUGCAGUCACUCUGGGACACUGUGGGAUGUGGAAAAAAACAGAGUGAAAGAGACAUAUUCAGAUUCUCUUGUGUUGCUUUGCUUGGUGCUGAAGGAGCUGAAUGUGAUCUGCAAGCUGCCCAAGAAUAAAGAACUGCUUGAAAUAACAAUCACAAUCACAAUAAUAUGGGCAGCCUUCAGUUGGAUGAUUUUGUAGCUGGAUGGGUAGGAGGAGCUGCAGCUGUAAUUGUGGGACAUCCUCUGGAUACAGUAAAGACCCGUUUACAAGCUGGACAAGGCUAUGGCACCACUUUUAACUGCGUCCUCACUGUAUACAAAAAUGAAUCUAUUGCUGGUUUCUUCAAAGGAAUGUCUUUCCCACUAGUUAGCAUUGCUGUCUACAAUUCAGUGGUAUUUGGUAUCUUCAGCAAUGCCCAAAGGCUCAUUAGCCAAUAUCGCUAUGCAAAUCCUAAUCAUCCACCAGCACUUGCAGACCUGGCUUUAGCAAGCAUGGCAACAGGAGCAGUUUCAGUAGGAAUUGGUGGACCAGUUGACCUGGUAAAGAUAAGACUACAGAUGCAGACUCAAACAUUUCUUGCAGCCAACCUAGGGUUAAAGCAAAGGACAACGGGAUUCUCACUACAGACUGCCUACAGAGGUCCAGUUCACUGUGUUGGCUCUAUCCUCCAACAGGAGGGUUUAGCGGGAUUAUACCGAGGUUCUUCUGCAAUGAUUCUGCGUGACAUUCCUGGAUAUUGCCUCUACUUCAUCCCUUACACAUUUCUUUGUGGAUGGAUCACUCCAGAGGGAUGUCAUUCUCCUAGUCCCUUUUCUGUAUGGAUGGCUGGGGGCAUUGCAGGAGCAAUAUCUUGGGGAACUGCUACACCCAUGGAUGUUGUGAAGAGUCGACUUCAAGCAGAUGGGGUUUAUUUAAAUAAAUACAGAGGAGUCAUUGACUGUAUCUCCCAAAGCUACCACAAUGAGGGUCUAAAAGUCUUUUUCAGAGGCUUUACAGUGAAUGCCGUGCGUGGAUUCCCAAUGAGUGCUGCCAUGUUUCUUGGAUAUGAACUUUCACUCAGAGCCCUCAGAAAGCAAGCAGAGGCAAAUUCUUGACAGUCAGGAGUCUGCUCCUCAUCAUUGCUAUUUUCUGAGCCAAUUCAACAGCACGGAAUCAAUGCAGGAUGUGGAAACUGCCUUGAAAAAACACCCACUCAUGCCAGAUAACUUGCUAUUUGUGAACAGUAAUGGCUGAUCCAACAUAUGAAUGACUGAAGUCAAUUCAAUUCUGAGGCAAAGGCUGCAAUCAAAAAAUUUCAUCCAAACUUUUCCACAAUACAAUCUUAAGACCCAGCUAUUCACUUUCUAGCAUCAGAUAUUAGUGGUUAAUUGGGGUCCUGUACCUAGAACAGUGUUACUCAACCUGUGGGUUCCCAGGUGCUUUGUCUACAACUCCAAAUCUCCGCCAGUUUAGCAGCUGUUAGGAUUUCUGGGAGUUGAAGGCCAAAACAUCUGGGGACCUACAGGUUGAGAACCAUUGAUCUAGAACAAUACAAUGAAAUAGCUUCUAAUACAUUGUAACUGUCUUCUCAUCCCUUGUCUUUUUAUGAUUAGAUGUCUUCUGAAUUGAAAUACAAGGAUGAAUUGUAUAAUGUCUUCAAGGCGUCAAGUGCUUAAUGGCCAGUCUAAUCCAUUGAUUUUUCCAUAUCAUAAGUGUGACCCAAUGUGUCAUUAUGUUUUUCCCCCUCACAGUUGCUGUUUCCUAAUCCAAAGUGUGUGUGUUUUUUAUAGAGAAUGGUAUAUUACACUGAAUGAUAAACCAAAUGUAAGACAAUAUUGAUAAAUUAAUAAAGGAAAAUCACUAUUUAUCAGCAA